GCUGGUGCCGGAAGCGGGGGUGUCAUGGCGGGUGUCAUGGAGGCGGCUCGCAGGGACUGAGGCGGCUGAGGGUGCAGUGGGGCCGCCGAGGUGGCAGUGGCGGCUCAGGGAGGUGCUGCAGCCCUGGGGCUGAGGGGGCGCCCAGGCUGCGGGAGGAGCGGUGCCGGGCGGGGGCCCGGUAGGCGAGAGUGGGCUCCGUGGCGGGGGAGGGCAGGGCCAGGCCCGGCCUCUCCUCGGACUCUCCCGUCGCCUCUGGCCGCCUGUUUCCAGCGGGAGCAUCGCCCUGGUCAUUUCCGAGGGAAAGAGCGGGACGGCGGGUAGAUGUCUCUUCUGCGGGCGAGGACUUGUUAUCCAGAAGUGCUUGAGUAAACUCUGAAUGUUUUUUGAGUUCGUGGAGAGGACGCGGGCAAAAGCGCCUUUCUAGUCCUGAGAAUGGAUGAAGAGAGUCUGGAGGCAGCGAUCCAGACCUACAACGCCCAGCUGGAGCAGGUGGAGCUGGCGCUGGGGGCGGGCCAGGACCCAUCGCAGCAGUCGGACCUGAUGCAGCUGCAGGAGGAUUUGAAGCAGCUCAUCGAACUGACCGAGUCGAGCCUGGUGGCUGUGAAAAAGAGCAAACUUCUGGCCACUUUGGACACAGAUGCCUCCUCCUCCUCCCCAGCAGGUCUCCCAGGGCAGGAUUCCCAGCUGGAGAGCUCUGCCCAGGAUGAGGAAUAUGCUGCUUUUAAGGAAGCCAUUGCUGGGCUUGGAGCAGAUGAGGAGCCUCCAGCUGGUGCCAACUCGGAGAGAGAGGGAGAAAUGGGGGAUAAAUCCAAAUCAAAGUGCAAUGAAGAGGAGGAGGAGUCUGAGAGAGAGGAGGAGGAGGAGGAGCUGAGUGGGAUGAAGGUUAAAGCUCCCUACUACAGCUCCUGGGGGACCCUGGAGUACCACAAUGCCAUGAUUGUGGGGACAGAGGAGCUGGAGGACGGCAGUGCAGGGGUCAGGGUGCUCUACCUGUACCCCACCCACAAGUCCCUGAAGCCGUGCCCGUUCUUCCUGGAUGACAAGUGCAGAUUUAAGGAGAACUGUCGGUUUUCCCAUGGUCAGGUGGUGUCCGUGGAGGAGCUCCAGCCGUUCCAGGAGCCCGACCUGAGCAGCCUGGGGGUGGGCUCGGCCUGCCUGGCCAAGCACAGCGAUGGCAUCUGGUACACGGCCAAAAUCACCGAUGUGGACAGUGGUUACUACACGGUGAAAUUUGACUCCCUGCUCCUCAAGGAGGCCGUGGUGGAAGGGGACAGUGUCAUUCCACCCCUGAGAAGUGAAGAUGCUGCUGAAUCUGGCGAGUCUGAUGAGGACAGUGUGGAUGAUUCUGGUUAUGCCAAAGUGAUAGACUCAGCGGUUCCAGAGAACGGGGAAUGGACCCCAGCCUGCAGCUCCUCUUUCGGUGGCUGGGAGGCCCAUACUCGUGGCAUUGGCUCCAAACUGCUUGUUCAGAUGGGAUAUGAGUUUGGAAAAGGCUUAGGGAAGAACGGCGAGGGCAGAGUGGAGCCAGUGCAGGCUGUGGUGCUUCCUCGAGGGAAGUCCUUGGACCAGUGUGCUGAGGUGCUGCAGAAGAAGAAGCAGGGGAAGCUGGAGCCAGGCAAAUCGAGGAAAUGCCGAGCGAAGGGAAGCAGCUCUGGACAGCCGGGCGGCCGCAAGGCCCCGCGCAACGUGUUUGACUUCCUGAACGAGAAACUGCGAGGGAAGAGCGCUGGGGACAAGGCCGGGGGGAUGGCUCUGCCCCAGAGGAACAGCAAAGAGAUCUACCACGCCAGCAAGAGCACCAAGAAGGCCCUGAGUGUCAGCCUCUUCCAGACCACGGAGAAGAUUGAGCAAACACAGAGGGAUAUCAGGGGAAUCCAGCAGGCCCUGGCGCGCAACAUCGGGCGGCACAGCAUUGCUGCAGCUCAGCUGGAGGAGAAGCUGGCUGAUGCCCACAAGCAGCUGGGGCAGCUGCAGGCCCAGGAAGCCAGGUUACAGCGGGAGCAGAAGAAAGCAGACACCCACAAGAAGAUGACUGAGUUCUAGGUGCUGAGGAAGGUGUUGGACUGCAGGAGUAGUCCUUCUGGUGCUCCUGGCCUCAGAGUCUCGAUGAGCUGUCCUGCUCUGCUGAGCCUCAGGCUGCUCAGCCUAAAACUGGGCAAAAAAGCAGCAGUUUCUGGAUGCUUCUGAGCUCCUCUGGGAGGGGGAUAGUGCACGUCCGUCCAGCCCCGAAAGCAUUCAGUGAGUUGGGCCUUGGAUGAGGCCUAGCUACAAGGGAUACAAUUCUCUGCUCUCUUGCACACUUCUUUCUUUUAUUUUCCCUGCAGUAGCAGCUCCAUGCAGAGUCUGUGGGUGCUCAGCUGAUAACACUGCUGGCUGCAAACCAGCUGAGGGGGCUUGGACAGCCCCACAUCCUGCCAUAAACUGUGGCUUCUGUCUGUGGCCACCUGCCAAGCACAGGUGCAGGCAGGGUCCCGACCGUGGCUGGGUGAAAACAUCAAAGGUCAAGUGCUUUAGCUGCUCUCUGCCUUCUGGUUUUUACUAUGGGAUUUAUCUGAGAACUCCAUUUUUUGGGGGCAGCAAGUUCUUUGUAGCCCCUAGUGUAAGGAAGAGACAGAAAACUGACAGCUCGGAGCUGGAACCAGCAGCCUGGAGCAUCAGAUUUCAGCACUUUGACUGGUAGAGUAUCCCAGGCCAUGCUGUAGCCAAACUCACUGGAUUGGCAUGGAAAGCUGCCUGGUUCCACAAGCAGAGUGCCAUAGCUGGGAGAAUAAUCCAGCAGCAUAUCAGAAUUCCCAAACCUAUCCAGGAGCAGCUCCACAGGGAACCUUGUGAUUUUUGCCACCAUUAGUUGGGUUUUUCUGUCCAAGGUGGCUUGCUGAGCGUGGAUCCUUUUACUAAAAAACCUCAGGACCCAGAUCCAGGUUGGACUGGGCCCUGGAUGGGCACAAAGAGCAGGAUGUGUCUGAGCCUAGUGUGCAGCCCUGCAGUGGCAGAGCCUGGGGCUGGGCUGGAAGCAGGCCAGGCAAGCCAAAUGCUCUUCCCUGCCAUGUGGAAAGUGUUUGGACAGGAAGGAUGUCCUCUGUCCUUGGUUACAUUCUGUGUUGGUGGUGGCCAGUCCUUGCCUCAGAGAUGCUGGUUUCAUCAUCUGGUGGGAUUUCUGCAUUGUAAAGGCUUUUUUUUGAAACAAAAGUAGUUUGCAAUUCAUGCCAGUAUCUUAAGGACACCAAUUUGUUUUUAAUUUAAGGAACCAAUUUCCUUUUAUUUUGUGAGUAAUUUUUCUAAUGAAAUGGUUCCUUUAAUACCCCCUUUUUUUAUCUAUCCCUAAGAACAGAUUAAAAAACAAGCUGUCAGCCUGGGCAGGGCAGUGCCUGAUUUGCAGGGUCAGGCUGCCAAACAAACAAGAAAACCUGAGACUGAAGAAGAUAUGAUCAGAGCUGUUCAGGUUGUGUGGGAUUUCACAUUGCUGCAGACACACCUCAGAAUGCAGCAAGACAGCAAAACCAAACAAGAUGAACAUCUUCAGGAAACCUGUGGGAGUGAGUCUGUGCUCCUGAAGAGCACCUGGAUCAUGCUGUGAUCCUGGUGGAUGGGGGAUGUGUCAUGGGCUGCCUCAGGCACUUCAACAUCCAUCGGUUCCUGUUGGAAUUGGCUGUGCUGUCCUCAUUGUUCUGAAUUCGUGUUCUCCACACACCAGGCUCAGCUCAAGGGUUUAACAAUGGCCCUUCCCUCACAAAUGACUGUUUGUUUCUCACACUUGAGUGCUAAGUGGUGACAAGGAUUAAUGUGCCCAGCUUAGCAUGGAUGCUCACUGAAGUGGCCCAUGACUGGAGAGCUGAGCUGGGCAGAGAAAACUCGGGGGUUUAUUUUGUACUCUGAGACUGUUUAACAUCAUAAUCUCUUUAGGAACUGGGUGUAUGAGCCCUGUGUCUUUGCUAAGUCCUGGUUUGACCCCUCCUUGGGCUCCCCACUGAUUUGUCAGACUCCUAUUCCAGCGGCCGCCACCUCCCACCCAGCACAGUUCACAUCCCUGAUGAAUAAAGUCGGGUGUUUCUUUUUCCCCCG